AUGAAUAAUUUUGGGUUGGAUAUCGCGCGUCUAGGGUUUCCUUACCACCAUUCCGCGCUCUCCGAUCCAUGCCCUAGGGUUUGUGAAGCGAAGGUCGCGAAGCUGGAGCAGCUGAAGACGAUCGGGCGGGAGCUCGCCAUGGGCUCCCAGGGCGGCUGGGGCCAGACGAAGGAGUUCCUGGACCUGGUGAAGUCGAUCGGCGAGGCGCGGUCCAAGGCCGAGGAGGACCGGAUCGUGCUCCGCGAGAUCGACACCCUCCGCCGCCGCCUCGCCGACCCCGACGUGCCCCGCCGCCGCAUGAAGGAGUACCUCAUCCGCCUCGUCUACGUCGAGAUGCUCGGCCACGACGCCUCCUUCGGCCACAUCCACGCCGUCAAGAUGACCCACGACGAGUCCCUCGCCGUCAAGCGCACCGGCUACCUCGCCGUCACCCUCUUCCUCAGCGACGACCACGACCUCAUCAUCCUCAUCGUCAACACCAUCCAGAAGGACCUCCGAUCCGACAACUACCUCGUCGUCUCCGCCGCCCUCGUCGCCGUCUGCAAGCUCAUCAACGAGGAGACCAUCCCCGCGGUGCUGCCGCAGGUCGUCGAGCUGCUCGGCCACCCCAAGGAGGCCGUCAGGAAGAAGGCUGUCAUGGCGCUGCAUCGCUUCUACCAGCGCUCCCCCGCGUCCGUCGCCCAUCUCGUCUCCAACUUCAAGAAGAAGUUAUGCGACCCUGACCCGGGAGUGAUGGGCGCGACGCUUUGUCCGCUUUUCGAUCUUAUUAGUGCGGAUACGAACUCGUACAAGGAUUUGAUCGUCAGUCUUAUCAGCAUUCUCAAACAAGUUGCUGAAAGACGGCUGCCGAAGACUUACGACUACCAUCAGAUGCCGGCACCAUUUAUUCAGAUAAAACUACUAAAAAUACUCGCAUUGCUCGGUAGUGGCGAUAAGGAAGCAAGCGGACACAUGUAUACCGUCUUGGGCGACAUUUUCAGGAAAGCCGAACAUUCGACCAACAUUGGUAACGCCAUAUUGUAUGAGUGCAUCUGCUGUGUUUCAUCCAUCUAUCCCAACCCCAAGUCAAUAGAGGCUGCUGCUGCAGCUACAUCGAAAUUUCUGAAGAGUGAAAGUCACAACCUGAAAUAUAUGGGCAUUGAUGCUCUUAGUCGACUAAUAAAGAUUAAUCCCGAUAUUGCUGAAGAACACCAACUGGCUGUUAUUGAUUGCCUAGAGGAUCCUGAUGAUACCCUGAAGCGCAAGACUUUUGAAUUACUUUACAAAAUGACAAAGUCCACUAAUGUUGAAGUAAUAGUUGAUCGUAUGAUUGACUACAUGAUAAGCAUCAAUGAUAGCCAUUACAAGACAGAAAUAGCUUCACGCUGUGUUGAGCUUGCUGAGCAAUAUGCACCGAGCAACCAAUGGUUUAUCCAGACCAUGAAUAAGGUCUUUGAGCAUGCAGGUGAUCUUGUGAAUAUCAGAGUGGCGCAUAAUUUAAUGCGAUUAAUAGCUGAAGGAUUCGGAGGGGAAGAUGAAAGUGCUGACAGUCAACUGAGAUCGUCAGCUGUUGAUUCAUAUCUACGCAUUCUUGGGGAGCCAAAACUUCCAUCUGUUUUUCUACAAGUAAUAUGCUGGGUUUUGGGGGAAUAUGGAACAGCCGAUGGGAGGUACUCUGCUUCUUAUAUAAUUGGAAAAUUAUGCGACGUAGCAGAGGCCCAUUUAAGUGAUGACACUGUAAAGGCUUAUGCAAUAUCAUCAAUUAUGAAGAUAUGCUCUUUUGAAAUUGCUGCUGGAAGGAAGCUGGAAAUUUUGCCUGAGUGUCAAUCCUUAAUCGAUGAAUUAUCAGCAUCGCAUUCAACAGACUUGCAGCAACGGGCGUACGAACUUCAAGCCUUGUUGGGCUUGAACAGUGGAGCUGUUGAAGCCGUCAUGCCAUCGGAUGCAAGCUGUGAAGAUUUUGAGGUUGAUCGAAGCCUCUCCUUCCUCAACAGUUUUGUGCAACAAUCCAUAGAAAAAGGGGCGCAGCCUUACAUCCCUGAGAAUGAGCGAUCAGGAAUUGUCGACAUUGGCAACUUCAAAGGCCAAUACCAACAAGAGGCUUCUACUCACUCCCUCAGAUUUGAGGCUUAUGAGCUUCCGAAGCCCUCUGUAAUUCCACCACCAACAUUCGAACCCUCAAUUCCACUCAGUGCAACAACCGAUCUUGUUCCCGUGCCAGAGCCAACAGCAUACACAAAAGACGCCCAUCGAGCAUCUACUAAGAUGCCAUCUUCAACCGACGCACUAUCCGCUGAUGUCGGGGUUAGGCUUCGGCUUGAUGGGGUGCAGAAGAAGUGGGGGAAGCCAACAUAUUCAUCAUCCCCUUCUGCUUCUAGCUCAACUUCUUCUGCUAGCCAGAAUGCAACAAACGGGCUCACGCAUACUGAUGGAGGGGGAGGAUCAGUGAGCUUGCAAACACGAGAGACAUCACAUGAUUCUCGGAGACAGCAGCAGGCUGAAGUCUCUGCAGAGAAGCAGCGGUUAGCUGCUUCCCUAUUCGGUGCUUCAUCAGUCGCUAAAGCUGAGAAAAAGCCACCCACUGCUGCACAAAAAGCACCUAAAGCAGCAGCUGCUACAAAGGAGAAGGCAGCAACGACUACUACGACUACUGUUCCUUCUACCCCACCACCCGAUCUCCUUGAUUUGGGUGACCCGACCUCAUCCGAUACUCCUUUGGACGAUCCCUUCAAGCAGUUGGAAGGUCUUCUUGGAUCCACAGCAGCGGCAUCUCCUGGUAUUAUAAACCCUCCAGCAGCUCCAGCCUCCAAAGCACCUGAUCUUAUGGCGAUUUUCACAGAGGCUCCAACCGGGGUCAGCCACAGUUCCAUAGAUCCGGGGCUAUCUGAGAUUUAUUCGAUCAAUAAGAGUUCUCAUAUCGUUGCGACAAAAAAGGGCCCGAACUCGCAAGAUGCUUUACAGAAGGAUGCAACAGCGAGGCAGGUGGGCGUGACCCCAACAGGGAACAACCCAAAUUUAUUCCGUGACUUGCUCGGCUAGAAACCGAAGAGGAGAUAUGAUGAUUCCUUCAUGUUCGCAGACUACCUCGAAAUAAUAGUAAAAUUGAUCUCACGUCCGCUCGCCAGGUCGUAUUCGAUUUAUUUGGUUGAUUCUGAUGGAAUGCAAGGUCGAGAUCUUCAAGGGGUGCGCUAUUAUUCAUAGAGAGGAUGGAGUCUUCUUGUUAGCAUUAUACCCUUUAAAAAAAAAAGAAAAGAAAAAAAAUCCAUUUUUCGGGACUUUGUUUGAGAUGUGUUAUUUUUCGACAGCGGAAGUUGUAUAUGAGACCGCGGUAGUGAAAAGUUGUUGGGGGGUAGAGGGGCUCACAACUCACUGCACUUCUACUAGGAGAUGCCUACCCUGCUGGAUACUAAUACUUCUAGGGUUGGUUGUUUUAUUUAAAAUUAGCAUGGACAAAAUAAAUUUGUAAGCAUGUCAUCGGAUAUUUCUGUGUUUAGAAAUAAUUUGAGGUCGUCCAUUCAGCUUGAUUGCAUCUGAUGGAUAUCUUGGGACCAAAGAGUACUUGGAAACUCUCUUUGAUUGAACGGAAGUGCUUUGCGGAGAGCCUUACGCUUCGUUUGGAGGCUCCGUUUGGAAUUA